AUGCAUUCGGUUUCAACAUUCAUUUUCUUCAUGGCGUUACUCAUCGUCGUCAAUGCUCGAGUGAACUCUUCGCCGAAUCGUCGCCGUUCAUGCCCGGAAGAAUAUCGAGAAUUGCGUCGUCGUGAUGAUGAUUCAAGUUCGGAUUCAGAUGAUGAUCAAUGGCGAGAAGAUGUUUGCGAACAAGCCAUGGAUAUUGCUGCACGACAACAUGAUUCAGUCAAGAAUCGAGCAAUUUUACGUGGCUAUUGUGCUCAUUAUGAUGAAUCGUCGGCAUUGGAACGAGAAAAUAAUGAUAGCGUAUGCGAAGAUAAAAAACGAGAAAUCAAUAUUAAACGAAAACGUCAAGUAUUAAAGAAGAAACGAAAUGGUAGUGAUUCGGACGAUAGUGAUGAUGAUGAUGAUGACGACGAUGAUGAUGAUGACAAGCGACGUGCGCUACGUAAACGAGAAUUCACUAAGCGUCUAGCUUUGAGAUUUAUUCGUAAACGAAUGGCGUGA